AUGCCACGCUCUGUACCCUCCAACUUGACCUCCUUUGCCCAGGAAGGCGGUCAAGCUCCGAGUGAAGAUGAUCGCCAACGAUCUCUCUCCCGAACGGCUCCUCCCUCCCCGUCCGCGGUCAGGCAACACAGCUAUCUCUCGGAAGCACAUACCGGUUAUCAGUCAUUACAACCACCGUUAGAGAUUAGUGAAACAACCAGCUUGCUAGGGAAAGAUCGAAGAAACAGAGGUGUACAACGGACAUAUACCAAUCUUUCUACAGGCUCCGGGCCCGACGCCAACUUUCGACAUAACUUGUUGGCUGGGAGCAUCCGCCGAUCACGCCAUCACAGCCGUGCUAACUCCCAGGCCUUGCGAGUCAGCCGGCGGGAAAGUAUAGAUGCUGAUCAAGCUGAGAGCCUUGCUGCAUCGGCCAAAGAUGGCCUGAACGCUUCAUUUAUGGAUGAUCGAACUUGGUAUGAUCAAUUUACCUCUACCGACUGGGUACAUGAUAGUAUUGCAGAUGGCGAGCGCCUUCGACAGUUGCGGGCGCGGAGAGAUCUCCGGGGUCGACUCCUAGCAUGGUUCGAUGGUGCUCAGGGCUGGGUUCUCGUCGCACUAAUCGGCUGCAUCACAGCGGCGAUCGCCUAUUUCGUGGACGUAACCGAAGACUUUGUGUAUGAUCUCAAAGAGGGGUUUUGUACCACGCGAUGGUUCCAUAGCCGCCAACAAUGUUGUGUGGACAAUCCUGAGUGCUCUGCAUGGUGGUCAUGGUCCAAGAUGCUAACCUUCUCAAGCACGGAAAAUCAGUGGACGGACUUUGGCAUGUACGUAGCCUGGGUAGUUAUCCUGUCUGUCGUCUCUUGCUUUCUCACGUUGCUCACGAAGACGGUCGUUCCUUCGUCGGUCUCUCUAACGACUUUGGAUGAAAAUUUGGGUGCAGCUUCGUCGCACGGCACGAAACGUACGGAUGCAACUACUGAUUCCCCAAGCUCCGAUACUAGCCCGCAGGCGCCUUACUCGGCGAUUCCCACACGUCCUGAUAUGGUUUUUUAUUCUGCGGCGGGCAGCGGGGUUGCUGAAGUGAAAGUCAUCAACAGCGGUUUCGUCUUGCAUGGAUAUCUGGGUUUCAAAACGCUGGUCAUCAAGACCAUUGCUUUGAUUUUCAGUGUCUCAUCUGGUCUAAGCUUAGGCAAGGAGGGUCCGUAUGUCCACAUCGCUACCUGCGUGGGAAACAUCUGCUGUCGCUUGUUCGCCAAAUACAAUCGCAAUGAUGGGAAAAGAAGAGAGGUGCUAAGCGCAAGCGCUGCGAGUGGUGUUGCAGUAGCUUUCGGUGCCCCCAUUGGUGGUGUUCUCUUUAGUCUUGAGGAAGUCAGCUACUAUUUCCCUCCGAAGACACUCUUUAGGACAUUCUUCUGCUGUAUUGCUGCAGCACUCUCCCUGAAAUUCCUCAAUCCUUAUGGAACGGGUAAGAUCGUCCUGUUCGAGGUUCGGUAUUUCAACGAUUGGGAGAUCUUUGAGUUAGUGAUAUUCGUUAUUUUGGGUGUACUUGGGGGCGCUCUUGGGGCCCUCUUCAUCAAGGCAUCAAGUUUAUGGGCUCGCUCAUUCCGCCGAAUCCCUGUUAUCAAGCGUUGGCCUAUGCUGGAGGUAGUCCUUGUCGCGCUGGUGACUGGCCUUGUCAGCUUCUGGAAUCGCUAUACUAAAUUGGCCGUAUCCGAACUUCUGUUCGAGCUGGCCAGUCCUUGCGAUCAUGAGUCCUCAUCGCCAACCGGACUGUGUCCAAACGAAGAUGGCAUUGGCGAAAUUAUCCGCUACCUUCUUGUAGCAUUCGUCAUCAAAAGCCUGUUGACGGUAGUUACAUUCGGCAUUAAAGUGCCAGCGGGCAUUUAUGUCCCGUCCAUGGUUGUUGGUGGUCUCUUGGGGCGGAUCGUUGGUCAUGUGGCACAAUAUCUCGUGGUGAAAUACCCAACGUUCCCCUUGUUUGGGUCCUCCUGCCCAGCUGUGUCGGGGAUGGAAUCGUGUGUGACCCCAGGAGUGUAUGCGAUGAUUGCCGCAGGGGCGACCAUGUGUGGUGUCACCCGCUUGUCAGUUACCUUGGCCGUCAUUCUCUUUGAACUGACCGGUAGUCUGACCCAUGUCCUUCCGUUUUCCCUGGCCAUCCUUUGUGCCAAAUGGACUGCCGAUGCGAUCGAGCCCCGCAGCAUCUAU